AUACUAGGUCCAAUGGUUUCUCUCAUGAUAUGUGGAUAUGAUCACCUCCUGAAGGUCUCUGUUCAUCAGCUGACUCUUUAACCGGAGACUGAGGAGGAUCCUGAAGGAACCAACAUGAAGGGUUUUAAUGGAUCCUGGUUUGACAUUUUCCUACAGUAUGAUUUCUUCAUGCUGGUCUCUUAGAAAUCCAUCCAGACUUUGUUUCAGCUCUUCAACAACAACUUGUUUCAGGUGAUUGAACCAUUGGGUCUGAACCUUUGACCUGGCGAGGACUUGUCAGGAUCUGGUCUGGGUUUGAAUCUGGAUUCACAGGAUCAGAAUCAUCACCUUAACUGGACCAAAGGAGAGCAAGACUUUCACUGCUCUCCUCUAAACCAGUCCCCAAAACACGCUCUGAUGAUUGGAGCAGCUGAAGCUCCUCCACAGAGACGUGUUCGGGAUGAUUCAGAGGUUGACGGGGUCAGACUGGUUUGUGUUAACGUCACAAAAACUCUGGACCUCUUUGUGCCAUCAUGCCUGACCCUGAAGGUGCAGAAACUGAAGGUGCAAACACCGAUUCUCCGUUGGACGUCACGCCGAGCUGCUUUGGAUAAAAGUCAACGAAGGAGGAGAGAGACUGAGUGUCCAGAAUGAAGUGGACGUUUGUUUUACUGACCUGGUGGUGGUUCCAGCUCGUUUCUGGAGACUUUGCUGCCACUGAUGAACUCUCUGACGUCCGGCAUGAUGCAGAUGUUCCCUCACACACACUCACGGACACACACUCUGAUGUCCAACACAAUGCAGAUGUUCCCUCACACACACUCACGGACACACACUCUGAUGUCCAACACAAUGCAGAUGUUCCCUCACACACACUCACAGACACACACUCAGAUGCAUCUGACAUGAACUUCCAAACAGGCAGAGAUGUCCAGGACACUAACUGGGACCUUCCAGACAUCCACAAGGACAACUAUGAGGACGCUGACUGGCAUCCUACGUCCACCCUCCGGGAAACGCACCACGAACUGCACCCCGAUGCUCCACCUGUGAUGCGCAGCAUCAACGUGGGUGUUGGAGAAAGCACCAACCAGAGUCUAACGGAACGGUGCGGCGAGUACAGCAGCCAGCUGACAUCUAGCGGUCAGUGUCAGCUGACGGCCACGCUGCCUCCCGUGACAGGGGGACCAUCCCAGAAACGCUGCCCGGAUAUGUUCCGCUGCACAGACGACAUCUCUUAUUGGCUGCACGAGAACCAGAACAGAAAAGAACAGCUGGAUGAGCUGAGGGAGACGAUGUCAGAGCUGCAGGAAGAGCUGAGGAACCACCGGCAUCGAGUGAAGGCGCUGGAGCUGCAGAGUGAAGAAAAUGUGACUUCAGUCCAGACUCUUGAACCACGGCUACAUGCCCUGGAGUUACGUCAGGCUAAGACGGACACGCUGCUGCAUGUGCACGCCGCGCUGCUGUCCGAGCUGCAGGCUCAGCUCGGUAACCUGUCAGCGACCGUGCAGCGAAUUAGCCUGAACACAGGCUGCAAGAUCAACGUCAUCAGAACAACGUCACUGCUCAACAUGCGGGACACGCUGCCACCAGAUGGAGCACACUUGUCUCUUUGUCCGUCAGACUGUGCGUCUCUGUAUCAUAACGGUGUGCGGCGCUCUGGUGUGUACAGCAUCGUCUUGUCUCCGGGUUCCUCCAGGCCUGUCUACUGUGACAUGGAGACAGAGGGCGGCGGCUGGACGGUGCUACAGCGACGGCGUGACGGCUCGGUUAGUUUUAACCGUGGCUGGUUGGAGUACCGAGAAGGUUUCGGCGAGCCGCGAGGAGAACACUGGCUGGGAAACCAACAGCUCCACCUGCUGUCCAACCAGGGACACUACAGUCUGCGUAUCGACCUGCAGGACUGGAGCAACGCCCACAGACACGCCCAGUACCGCACCUUCAGGAUCGACGAUGAGGAGAACCAUUACCGCCUCCAUGUGUCUGGUUUCAACGGUACGGUGAAGGACUCGUUCAGUUGGUACCAUGACCAGCAGAGCUUCAGCACACCAGACACGGGAAACAUCUGCGCUGAGAUCAGCCACGCGGGCUGGUGGUACCAUCAGUGUUUCUACGCCAACCUCAACGGAGUCUACUACAAGGGGGGGCACUACUCUCUGAAAGCUCAGAACCUGCUGGGACCGGACGGCAUCGUGUGGUUCUCCUGGAAAGAAUCAGACUUUUACUCUCUGAAGGCGGUCACCAUGAUGAUACGACCCAGCAACUUCAGACCCGGCCUGUCGCCAUAGUGAUGGAGUGUUUAUCACCAUGGCAACGAGAACAGCGAUCUGAGGCUUUGCUAGGCGUUUCUUAGGACUGUAGUGAUGACACGUUCACAUCUGAACCAAAUAUGUUUUAAUCUGCUGCUGAACGAAGAACAACCAACUCAUGAACUUCUUCCUUUUUUAAACAUUCAUUUUAUUUGAGGCCUUGAAGAAACAUGCUCCCUUAGUAACCAGGAAAAAUCACACUCGAGUUCUUGAUCAACUCCAGAACUCGAGACGUCUGGAACAUGAUGCUCUGAUUGGAUGCAGUGGAGAACAGAAGCAAACGUUGGGUUGAAUGUGGUACAUUUGAUCAGCUCACAUUUGUACAUUAAUUUAUUUAGAAGUUGUAGAAAUAGGAGUAAAAAAAUGUUCUUUCUUUUCUGUGAUUAAACAUCAAGACAGCAUGAAACGUAACCUCGUCAAAUUGUUUUGU